UUGUGGGAGAUUUUUGUUUGAAAUAUGGAAGAAGGGUCCAGUGAAGGUGACAUGUUUACAGUUGAGCACGAGCUGAAGAACGAAAUACUCAAGUUCUGGACUAUCGAUCCUAGCACACAACCUACUUUAAAGUUGAAUAUUUUCCACUGACCAGUGAGUUCAGCUCCUAUAUACAAAUCUAAUUUAACAGGGCAUGCAGAAAAAGUUGGGAUAGAAAAUUUUGAACUACUGAAGGUCCUUGGAACAGGAGCUUAUGGAAAAGUAUUUCUUGUGAGGAAAAUCAGUGGUCACGAUACCGGAAAGCUUUUUGCCAUGAAGGUGCUGAAGAAGGCAACAAUAGUUCAAAAAGCAAAGACUGCAGAGCACACCAGGACAGAGCGUCAAGUAUUGGAACACAUUCGACAAUCACCUUUCCUUGUCACAUUACAUUAUGCUUUUCAGACAGAUACAAAACUCCAUCUUAUUUUAGACUACGUGAAUGGAGGGGAAUUGUUUACUCACUUGUCACAGAGGGAACGUUUCACAGAGCAUGCAGUGAGAAUAUACAGUGGGGAGAUAGUGUUAGCACUAGAGCAUCUACACAAGCUUGGAAUUAUAUAUCGAGAUAUUAAACUGGAAAAUAUACUUCUCGACAGUAAUGGCCAUGUGGUUCUAACAGAUUUUGGACUCAGUAAAGAGUUUCUAAUAGAUGAAAAUGAACGAGCAUAUUCCUUUUGUGGUACUAUAGAGUACAUGGCUCCAGAAAUUGUUCAAGGUGGAGAUGCAGGACAUGAUAAGGCUGUAGAUUGGUGGAGCCUUGGAGUCCUGAUGUACGAACUGAAAACUGGAGCAUCACCUUUUACUGUUGAUGGAGAAAGGAAUUCACAAUCUGAAAUUUCAAAGAGAAUUUUGAAGAGUGAUCCUCCAUAUCCUCCAGAAAUUGGUCCUUUAGCUAAAGAUGUAAUGAAGCAGCUCCUGAUUAAAGAUCCGAAGAAACGGUUGGGCUCUGGUCCAGGAGGUGCUGAUGAAAUUAAGUCUCACCCCUUCUUCCAGAAGAUAAAUUGGGAUGAGUUAUCAGCCAAAAACAUUGAAGCUCCAUUUAAACCUGUCAUCAGGGAUGAGUUGGACGUUAGCAAUUUUGCUGAAGAGUUCACAGAAAUGGAUCCUACAUAUUCACCCGCAGCACUGCCUCAGAACUCUGAUAGAAUAUUUCAGGGCUACUCUUUCAUUGCACCCUCCAUUCUCUUCAAACGUAAUGCUGUUAUGACUGAUCCCAUUCAGCUUCAUCUGGGAGUGGAUCGUCCUGGUAGUACUGCCAUUGCACGCAGUGCUAUGAUGAAGGAUUCCCCAUUUUAUCAACACUAUGACCUGGAUCUAAAAGACAGUCCACUUGGAGAAGGAAGUUUCUCCAUCUGUAGGAGGUGUCGUAAUAAGAAAACUGGGCAGGAAUUUGCCGUGAAAAUUGUCAGCAAAAGAAUGGAAGCAAAUACUCAACGGGAGAUUGCAGCUCUCAAGCUGUGUGAAGGACACCCUAACAUUGUAAAACUGCAUGAUGUUCACCACGAUCAGUUGCACACAUUCUUAGUGAUGGAACUGCUGAAAGGUGGAGAGCUGCUGGAGCGGAUCAGAAAGAAGAAACACUUCAGUGAAACGGAAGCUAGUCACAUAAUGCGCAAACUGGUCUCUGCUGUCAGCCAUAUGCACGAUGUGGGAGUAGUCCAUAGGGACCUGAAGCCUGAGAACUUAUUAUACGCUGAUGAUAGUGACAGCACAGAAAUUAAAGUCAUUGAUUUUGGGUUUGCACGAUUGAAACCUCCUGAUAAUCAGCCUUUGAAGACCCCAUGCUUUACAUUACAUUACGCAGCUCCUGAAUUACUGAAGGAUGAUGGUUACGAUGAAUCCUGUGAUCUGUGGAGUUUGGGUGUAAUCCUGUAUACCAUGUUAUCAGGGAAAGUACCAUUCCAAUGUGAGGAAAAGACAUUAACAUCCACCAGUGCCGAAGAAAUCAUGAGGAAAAUAAAACAAGGAGACUUUUCUUUUGAAGGUGAAGCUUGGAGAAACGUCUCAGAAGAGGCCAAGGAAUUGAUUCAAGGACUGCUGACUGUUGAUCCAAACAAGCGGAUUAAAAUGUCGAGCCUCCGUUUCAAUGAAUGGCUUCAGGACAGCAGUCAGUUAUCAUCCAAUCCACUAAUGACCCCAGACAUUCUUGGUUCUUCAGGUGUUUCUGUCCACACGUAUGUCAAAGCAACAUUUCAUGCCUUCAACAAAUGCAAGAGGGAAGGCUUUUGCCUUCAGAAUGUGGACAAGGCACCUCUGGCGAAAAGACGCAAGAUGAAGAAAACCAGCACCAGUACUGAAACACGGAGCAGUUCUAGUGAAAGUUCCCACUCCUCCUCCUCUCAAUCCCAUGGCAAAACUACACCAACCACAAAACUACAGCCCAACAACCCAACAGACAGCAAUAAUCCAGACAGUAUCUUUCAAUUCUCCGAUUAAGCUGCUACAGUUACUCUUUCACAAUUUAAAAAAAAAUCUUAUGCUUUUAAUUGUACUUGAUUCUCUGCGGAGCACAAGUUUCAUUUUUUGUUAUGAGUGCCCCUCCAAAAUGCCUGAACUGUUUGGUGCUUUUAAAUUACUGAAAAGCACACACAUUUUUUAAAGAAAUUAUAUGUAGUUCCAUACUUCCUCUGGCAUCAAUUGAUAGCUUUUCUCUGAGAAAUCCAAACUUAGUGUUCGUAAACAUCACAAUAAGUAAAACUCCAAUCAGGAAUCCAUAAAAGCUUACUACUGUACUGAGUAAUUGAGUUGAAUAGAAAAUAUGUCUUUCAGGGGACGUUAAAUAAGUUCACGAGUGACAGAGGAGUAGAAUGAAAUGCUGAUGAGUUCAAAGGGAGAAAGGUUGAAGAAAGCUCGUGUGGACCAUGAACACAAACCAAUUAGAAUAAGUGGCGUGCUUUCCUACUGUAAAUUCCACAAUAUGGAAAAGCGUAGAAAAAGGACAGUUUUAAAAUAAUUAUAAAUUAUGCAUUUCUAGGGAAAAUAGAAUCUCAACAGCCUGGCACUCAAAGGGCUUUUAUUUAUUUUUCUGUUUUUUUAAAUUGUGAAAGGACGGUCGGUGUACAUAAAUGUUAUUGGAUGCACUUUUCAAAGAACAUUUGCAGAUAUUUCUGUACUUCAGACCCUACAAGGUACAAAGUGUUUAAUGUGUUUACCUUUUCCGAAAGACAGAAUCAAAGCUAAGAAACUUACUGUACAAACAGAUCUACGCUGGACAUUACAUAUGCAAACGAAAUGUGCAGACAGCUCAGAUUUCUCAUCUUGAAUCACUUACACUAUGUAGCUUUAGAACCAGUGACAUUUUGCUUUUAAUUCUUUCGGACUCUGACUUUGUAUUCGUCCAAUUGCGACUUCACUGUGGCUCAAUGUGAGAAUCACGCACGGCUAUCUGUUCUAUGUGCAGUCAUCCCUCUACCUCCAAAGCCUUUCCUUCUGUUCCCCUAAAGGCUCCAAGGUAGACGGUAUGCUUUGCAUCGAAUGAUUGAUGGAGGGCAUGGGAGCAUGUUUACGAUUAGAUGCUGAUUGUAAGUGCAAAAUUAAGGCCUGAAAACAAAGGAAAUUGGUUAGAAGUGGGGGUGAAAAUCUUUUUGCCUUUCAAAAUUUAACUGUUAUAGGCUCACCAGUUCUAACUUGUGCAAUGUGCUUUAUUUUUAAGCAAAAUAUGAAAUAAGUGACCGAUAUGUGAAAUCUGAGUCCUAACACAUAUUAAAAAUAUAUAUAGAUAUAUAUAUAUAUGUAUAGAUAUGUAUGUUCUAUUUUUAGGGGCCAUCUGGGAAAUUUGCUUCUAUAUUGAAAUAAUGGCUAUUUAAGAGUAACGUGUGCUCCAUAUGCCACGUGCUUUGUUAUUGAUGUAUUCUUUGGCAUGUAGUCUGUUUAAUUUUUGCAUGAGUGGUAACGGUGUAGCCAAAGUGUACAAGUUUAACAAAUUGUGUUGCAACCAUUAAUUUAACUUGUUCUGUGUCUCAGCCAACAAUUUGACAUUUUUGAUGACUUUUAUGUAAUUGUUUUUCUGAGUGACAAGUAACUAGGUAGCUGAGUGGUGCAGGCUACCAUCUUCAGAUUAAUACAAUUAGUGCAAGAAAUUCUGAUCAUGUAGCUCUGCAUGAUUUUUGCUCCAUAUUUAUGCAGUGGAGACUCCUAAAAAAAAGAAAUGUGGGUUUAUUUGGGUGGGUUUUUUUUCUGUGAGGUCUGCUAAUAAUGUUCAGGUUAGAUAUUAACAAAUCAUUGUGCUAAAGGUGAUCCACAGGAAUCCAAAAGAGUAGAAAGGAAGUAACUGCACUUGGCUUAGAGAGUUCCUGGAGGAAAUUGCUGCUGCUUUGUGGCAGCAAAAAGCACCUUUGUGAACAUGUUAAAUUUUUAAACUGCAGAAAAGCAGUGUUUCUCAGUUUGAUUUUGAUUUACCAAUUUCAAUUCUUCAGCUUUUGCACCGUGCAAACGGUAUACUCAGCAUAAAAGGGGAGGGGGAAUGCAAAUUACUGCAGAUACUAGAACUGUGCAAUAUGAACAGCACAUGCUAGCAAAACUAAACGGGUCCGUCAACAUCUGUGGAGAGAGAAACGUAGUGUUAACAUUUUGGGCUGAUUACUUUGCCACAGACCCAUGUUUCUCUCUGAAACGAUUCUGCCUGACCCACUAUGUCUUUCUAGCAUCUUCUAUAUUUAUUACUAAACGUAAAGGAUUUUUCUUUGUCAAUCAUAGUGAAACAGAGAAUCUAAAAAGAUUUAUAAAUUAUCUUGGUAUUCAUACGAUUCUGAAAGGAAAUAACUACUUUUUAUGUGAAUAGGAAAUUUUUAGGCUUUCAGAACCUGGUAUUUUAUUGAAAUAAAACAUAUCUUCAUGGUCUAUGACUUUUUGACCAAAUAAAAGGCCAAGUAACCUUUUCUACCAAUGUGACCUAGCCCAGUAGCUGUCUUUUUGCAAAACAAAAGGCACAAUUUCUUUGUGCUUAUUCAGUUAAUUUGGAGACGACAUGCAAUUUUUGCAUCCUCUUUCAGUUUAGGGUUAGAGAAACAUUGAAAGCCAUUUCUGGCUUGAAGUUGGAACUAGAGACUGCUGACAUAAAUGUUCCCAAAUUUCCUGGAUCAUGUUUGUGGAGAAAUGAUGACCAACUUUACAUGUUUCUGCUGUGAUCCUCCAACGGGAACUUGCGUGAAAUUUCCUGUAGAGAUCAUUUUCCUAUAGCUGGCAUAAACCCGCAUACAUGCAGCUGAACAAGCGAGUGAGCUGCCAUCUUCUGCCUAACAUGAAGUCUCUGCUCCUUCAUUGUUAUGCAGAACACGAUUUUGCCUGUUGGGAAGAUCAUUCCUCCUCCUCCUCAGAAUGGGAUGUGGUGGUAGGGUGGGGUUGGACAUCUAUAAAUUUUGAGUAGGCUAAGGCUGACAGCUUUGCUUAAGUUAUAGGGUGGCUUUUGUAAGAAACUCACUGUCAACCUCCAUAAAUUGCGCAAGCAUCUGUUGAUUUUAAUCAUGGUGCACACAAAUCUAUGGAUGUAAUUCUAUGCCUGCACAUUAUUCAGCCAAAUUCAGAAAUCUGGGGAGGACCAAUGUAAACAGGAGGCAAAUGGUUUCAGCCAGUGUGUCUGGGAAGAAAGAGGCAAUAGUCAAGGAAAUUUAUCCUUCAAAAUAUUCCAGUAUAAAACUACCUGGAACUGGUUGUGUGCAAAUUUCCUCGGAUAAAACACUGUGCCACUCUUAUGCGGAAACCUUUCAGAAAGUUUGCGCUAUUGAGGUUGCAUUGUCUCUAGAAUUAACAGAGUGCUGGGCAGGUUGCACUGUAGUUUUUCUGUAUUGUGCACAAAUAAUUCCAAACUAUUGGUGUCUGGGGGAAAGUUCACCUUUAAAUGCCUUUUAAAUGUGAGCUUUUUUUCUUUAUUUAUGAGACUAUCUUAGUUUAAAAGGCUUUGCUAAGUACAUAGAAACUAAGGACCUCCAUAUUGAGAGUGUCCAAGAUGGUGUAAUGUAGACAAAUGGUUGUAGAUCAUUGGACUUCUGAAGAUUUGAUGCAUGGCUCAGACUGAACUCUACAAUCUCUUCUAAAUGCUAUUUUCAUAGUAAAUUCGAUAUCUGCGAUAGAACAUUGUAAAUAUUAACUUAAGCUACUGAACAGGCUGCAGUGUUGAUUUUUCUUUUUGGCAUCCAGGUUAGAUGCAGCUGAUAGUUUCAAAGUGUUGCAGAUCUUUCUACAGCCUGUUUGAAAUCAACUUUUUUCAAGGUUGUGCAAACUUCUUACUGCAAAACAAUUCAAAGCCUUUUCUCUCAACAGAUUUAUCCUGUUGAGAAGGUUGAGCUUGCCUAUUAACAUAUACUGAACAUGUGUUUUUACAUAACAGUUUUUAACUCUGUAUAAUACUUUUUCAGAUAGCUUAAAGAUUUAAACUGAAGUCAGAAUAUUGUUGAUACAAGGCACUGCCGUGUUGCUGUAUUUAUUAGAUAUUUAAAGAAUUUUAAUGAGGGAGAAUUAAUUCAAUCACUGAAGAGUUGUUGCAACUUUCUGGUGACUUGUACUAAUUUUUAAAAGUUGAUAGCUUUAUUCAGGUGAGUCAAUAAAAGCUUUUAAGACUUUUUAGGACUUUAUAGUCAAUUUGAUUUAACUAUAGCUCCUUAAAGGAGGUUGGCAAAUACUCAUUGCAAUUUUUUUAGUGAGAAUUUAAUUGUGGCUUUAUUGUGUGUGGUGAGAAUUGUCCCACUGUGCAAACGUGCGAUAAAAUUGAUGCAAUUUAACAAUUAUUAUUCAUAACGAAACUCUCACUCAUUAGUAUUAUAAUUUAUAUAAUGCCUCUUCAAGGAGGAGUGCUCCACACAAGAAUUGUGCUUGUUUACAUUUGCAAGACAAUGGUAUUCAUUUUCUUAUUCAUUUUGGUUUACACUUUGAGCAUUGCCGUCUAAGUGAAUGAAAUAACACCUGUGGCACUUAAAAGUGACAAAAGGGUAGAAACUUCAAUUGAUUUACAAGAUGAUUAGGGGUUUAGAUAGGGUCGACAGUGAGAAUCUUUUUCCACGUAUGGAGUCAGCUAUUACAA